AUGUGGUGCGUGAACAAGGCCGCUGAGAGCGCGUCCGCACGUCUCUGCGCUGGUCAUGAAGACACUCAUGUCUUCACAGAGUAUGAGCUCGGUGUCUUACACUCUCCUGAUACGGAAGACGGAUCCGUAUCGACGGCGAUCGAAUCCAAUCCGCCUGCCAAGCGUGGCAUGGAUGAUGCUAUGCGUCGUAGCAUCUUUGGUUCAUCUGACGAAUCAGAUGAACCAUCGCCGAAGCGAAGGCGCUCGAGGUCGCGAGACUCGGGCGCUAACAGUGGUGUCGGUUUUCCUUUUGACACCACUUCGCAACGAGGUGCCAUUCCUUCUGUCGGCACGUCGCAGGAAGAGCGAGACCGCAGUGUGUUGCGUCUCACUAACGAGAAGAAGGCAUGGAUGCCUCCCAAAUCCUCAUGGAUCACUUGUCGGCGACGACGAGUGAUCGCUAUCGAACACGGUUGUUCGAUUCGUUAA